UAUUAGCGUCUAAAAGAAGAUUGAAAAAAAGUUGCCAGCCUAGUAUAAGAAAUUCUGGAGAAAACAAUUUUUUUUUUUUCCUUAUGAAAUAUUCUUUUCUUACUUCAUUAUCACUAUCAAUUUCCAAUCACAAAGGAAUCAUCAGUGCAACAGAAUCAAAGUAAGAAGAUUUCUCUAGUAGUACUAAUUGCAAAGAUGGUUAAACACGUAAAUUGUGACUGAAAUGCUACAAAGAUGUUCUCGUUUCCAUCUUGAGCUAAAAUCCAUUGAGUUUCUCCGAUGCAGUGAAUAUAGUACUGUAUUGCUCUAACAAUGGCAGAAAAUCACAAGCUUAAAGAUCUCAAAUGGGCUCUGCAAGUAAUCACUUCUGAAAGUGGGACACUGCACAGCAUAUCAUUCCAUAUUUCUCAAGCCAUUUCAUGCUGCUAUAAUGAAACAGAGAACACCAUGUGCAUAAAUAUCUCGACAGACAAAGACGAUGUUCAGUAUUUCUCUCAUCUUUUAAAUGUAAUUGGAGAAGACAAGAACAUCCAAAAAUCCCUGACAAUUUUGGAAUUCCAGAGAGUAGAAUGGGAAAUGCAGCAACUGAGAAGUCUUUGUGCAGUGAUACAGAGAAACUUGAAUAUCAAACAAGUGGCGUUUCGGAGAAACAGAUUCAGUGUAGAAGGUUUAUAGGAAAUAUCCGAAAUGUUAAAAAGAAAUCGAGGAAUCAAAGAAAUCAUAUUCUCUGAGUCUGGUGUUGGGCAUGCUGGGGUUGGGCUGAUCGCUUCUGCUUUAAAGAAUAAUGUCAGUUUGGAAGAGUUGCAGAUUUGGGAUGAUUCGAUUGGAGUGAAAGGCGCAGAAGAGCUCGCGAAAAUGAUCGAGGUGAAUACGAAAUUGAAACUUUUGAUAAUUCUUGACUCAACCUCCAUGACAGCUACCCCGUUGAUCUCAGCAGUUUUAGCAAGAAAUAGAUCUAUGGAAGUUCAUAUAUGGAGUGCAGAGAACAGUGAAAAAAACUCGAAGGUGGUCGAAUUUGUACCUGGAGACGGCACACUAAGAAUUUACAGGCUUGAUCUUCCGGGUUCUUGCAGGGUUGCCUGCGCGUUGGGGUGGAAUUCAACAGUAAAAUCAAUAGACAUGUCCGGAAUUCGAUUGAAGUCACGCUGGGCCAAGGAAUUCCGACAGGUUUUAGAACAGAAUCGGACUCUCAAGGAUGUGAACUUAUCAAAUACCUUCUUAAAAGACAAGGCAAUAGUGUAUAUUGCAGCAGGACUGUUCAGGAAUCAGGUUUUAGAAAGCUUAAGUGUUGAUGGAAGCCGGUUUGGCGGGGUAGCUGUGGAGCAUUUGCUUUGUCCACUCACCAGGUUUUCAGCCCUACAAAACCAAGCAAACACAACUCUAAAGUCAGUAACAUUUGGAGGAAGUAAAACAAAGAUCGGGAGGGAGGGAGUUGCAGCCAUUCAGCAGAUGCUGAUAACAAAUCAGAGUCUAGUCCGGUUAGGAAUCUACAGCGAUGAGAGCUUAAAACAAGAAGAUAUUGUCAGUAUCUUUAAAAGCUUGGAGAGUAAUGCAACUCUGAAAUACUUAUCCUUACAGGGUUGCAAAGGGGUUGAUGGAGAGCUUGUUUUUCAGACGAUAAUGGAGACGUUACAAGUUAAUCCCUGGAUCGAAGACAUUGAUUUAACCAGAACACCUUUGCAGAGUUCUGGAAAGACUGAGGCGAUUUAUCAGAAGCUCGGGCAGAACGGAAUGAUGGAACCAGAAAUCGAUGUGCUAAAAGACAUGCCAUUAACAGCACCCAAGAGUUGCAGGGUAUUCUUGUGCGGAAAGGGAUAUGCAGGUAAAAGAACAAUAUGCAACUCUAUAUCACAGAACUUUACAUCUUCAAAAGUUCCCUACUUGGACCAUGUAAAAACUCUAGUAAGCCCGAUCGAACAAGCUGUGAGAACUGAAGGAAUCAGGAUCAAAACUAUAAAAGAUGACGAUGUUAAGAUCUCAAUCUGGGAUCUUCCAGGUCAGCACGAGUAUUAUGCGCUCCAUGAUCUCAUGUUUCCCGGACAUGGAAGUGCAUCAUUCUUUCUGAUUGUAUGCAGUUUCUACAGGAAGCCUCAAAAUAGAGAACUUAAAAGCUCAGCAGAGAUAGAAGACGACCUACUGUAUUGGCUUAGGUUUGUAAUCUCAAACUCAAGAAGAGCAGGUCCACAAUCUUUGCUGCCAAAUGUCACCAUAAUACUUACGCACUUCGAUAAAAUCAUGCAGCCGUCAGAGAGUCUGCAGACUACCAUUCAUUCCAUUCAGAAACUUAGAGAGAGAUUCCAAGGAUUUAUUGAGUUCUAUCCAACUGUUUUUACAGUUGAUGCAAGAUCAUCCAGCUCAGUAGGCAAACUCACUCAUCAUCUUCGAAAGACCAGCAAGACGAUAAUCCAGCGAGUGCCUCGAGUUUAUGAACUAUGCAACGAUCUAAUACAAAUUCUAUCUAAUUGGAGGUCAGAGAAUUCUAAGCCAGCCAUGAGAUGGAAGGAGUUUUGUGAGCUGUGCCAAGUGAAGGUAUCCGCAUUAAGAAUCCGGUCGAGGCAUGAUAAUGUCGAGAAGGUAGAGAUAAGGCGACGAGCCAUGGCACAUUCUCUUCAUCAUAUAGGAGAAGUAAUAUUUUUUGAAGAACUAGGAUUCCUUAUCUUAGAUUGUGAGUGGUUCUGUGGGGAAGUACUUAGUCAAUUGGUAAAAUUAGACUGUAGAAACCAGACAGCUUUAGAAAAGAGUGGGUUCAUGAGAAAGAAAGAACUGGAGAAAAUUCUUAAAGGAAGUUUACAAAGUCACAUUCCAGGAAUGAACUCAAAAGUUUUCGAUAAUUUGGAGGCUGGUGACCUAGUGAGAAUGAUGCUAAAAUUAGAAUUGUGUUAUGAACAAGAUCAAGAAGAUAAAAAUUCACUGCUCCUAAUACCUUCACUUCUUCAAGAAGGACGAGGAAGAACACAAAGAUGGCAAAUAUCAAUGCCAGAUUGCACUUACACCGGUCUGCAUCUUGAGUGUGCUGAUUCGAACCACACGCUUCUCACACCAGGCUUCUUUCCCAGGUUACAGGUACAUCUGCAUAACAAGAUUUUCAAGUCGCAAAAUCAGCUUGGAGCAACUUACAGCCUAGAGAAAUACCUCAUCUCGCUAUCUAUCAACGGAAUAUAUGUCAGAGUGGAACUUGGGGGGCAAUUGAGUUACCAUAUUGAUGUCCUUGCAUGUUCUACAAAAAACCUGACUGAAACUCUGAGACUCUUGCGGCAGCUCAUAAUUCCAACAAUCCAAAGUCUCUGCCAUGGUGUUACCUUAACUGAAAACAUUCUUCGUCCAGAGUGCGUGAAAAAUCUGAUACCUCCAAGAUACAGGAAAUCCCAGUUUGUGCAUUUGCAAAAACUGAAGGAAGCAAUACUCUCCGUUCCGGCAGAAAGCAUGUAUGAUUAUCAACAUACUUGGAGUUCAGUGUCUGAUGGUGGAAGACUAAUUUUACAGUCUGGGUUUGAUUAUGCUAGAGAUCUCUUAUCAGAUGAUGAUUUUCGAGAAGUGCUUCACCGACGGUAUAAUGAUCUCCACCAUCUUGCAGUGGAAUUGGCAGUUCCACUUGAAGACAACCCCGACAUGGCUAAUACUCUGGUCACCCAAGGCGAACCUGAAGGUGUAGUUGAACCAUCAUUUAGUGGAAUUGCAAAGGGAGUGGAGAUAGUUCUACAAUGGCUAAAAAUCAUUGAACGAGAAAUACGUGACCUGAAGCAAGAGAUCCAGGGGCUGAGAUAUUAUGAACACAGGAUGUUCAUUGAGCUUAACCGCAACGUUAACUAUUUGGUUAACUACAAUGUGAACGUUGAAGAAAGAAAAGUACCCAACAUGUUUUACUUCGUCAGAACUGAUAACUAUACAAAGAGAUUGGUGACUAACAUAGUUUCAGGUAUGGUGGCACUCAGACUACACAUGUUAUGUGAGUUCCGCCGAGAAAUGCAUGUUGUUGAAGAUCAAAUUGGUUGUGAGUUGAUACAAUUGGAUAACAUUGCAGUUAAGAGUUUUGUUCCUUACAUGAAGAAGUUCAUGACAUUGUUAACAUUCGCUCUAAAGAUAGGCGUUCACGUCACAGCUGGGAUGGGACAAAUGAUUCCUGAUCUGAGUAGAGCAGUGGUCCAUCUAGUCGAUUCUUCAGUCAUAAAUGGAGCGGCAGGAGGGUUAGCUGCAGGAGCCGUGGGGGCUGCUGCAAUUGGAAGUAGAUAUAGAAGCAGAAACAAAUCAAGGGACAUUCAGCAGGAUCUGAGAACAGCUCAGCAGUGGCUUCUGGAUUUCUUGAAGGAAAAUAGAUGCUCAACAGGAAAAGAAAUUGCUGACAGAUUUGGUCUCUGGAGAGUAAGAUAUCGGGAUACAGGACAAAUUGCGUGGGUUUGUAGACGGCACAGAGAAGUUAGAGCAAAUGAAAUUUUUGAAAUGCCUAUUUGAAACCGUCUGGUAUAAGAGUUAUAAUAAUUAUAAUCAAAUAAGCGAAAUGCACAUUCCUUCACCAUAACAUCUUUCUUAUGAACCCUAAAGAUUAGUGUCUAUAAUUCUAAUCAGUUGUGUGUAUCUCUGGAUUAUCUAAAUGAAGUUGGAUUAUUAUCUAUAUUUCUAAUCACAAAUGCUUAAUUAAAAGUAG